AUGGACCGCUACAUCAUUUCAGAAGAAGUGUAUUCCAGGCUCAGCUGGCGUCUAUCACCUCGAUGCACAGCUGCCUCGCAGCUCUAUCUAUGCGUUAUCAGCAGUGUUCUUCUGCUCGCGUGCACGGACAAACUCGGCCACAUUGGCCUUGUCUUUGGAAGUGCCUUGAAAAAUUGGAUUUUCGUUCAAAAAGAUUUGUUUUUCGACUCCGGGGAUCUUUUUCUCGAGUUUCAAGUUCUGGAACACACACUUGUUAAGAAGAGCUUCCGAGCUUCGGCAAUGACCCAACCGGUGAUUUUCUUGUUCCAAACAGUCAUAAUGCAAUUUGAACUCAUCAAAACAGUAUUUAUUUAUAUCUUUCAACACAGAGAUGGCACAGCGCGUGACCCGGCGGCCCUCUUUCAAACACUCCACAGUUCCACCAUUAUUUUCAUCCUUACACAUCAUAAAAUCAUCAUUAAAAGGCUUGCAUUUUGCGCCGAUAAAAUACGAAGCGGAAAGAAGAGGUGCCGAAGUAGCGCCCACUUCAUCCACGUCUGGAAUAUCCAGAGGCAAUGGGUUUUUGUCCUGGUUUUCCCAUUGGUGUCUUCCUAUAGAGAUAUCGCCCAACACCAUGAUGAUGAAGAAGAGAGAGCGAAUUGGCGUGUCGUGGUUGGUGCAGGAAUGUACGCAGGGUGGGGUCGCAGCGUAAAUGUGGGAACAGACUGGACCAGUGCACUGGUGCACUGGUGCACCACUCAGCACCGUACUCAGUUCAACUUGAAGACUGGUGUACUGGCUCGACUAAACAGGUUCGAUAUACGAUGCCCAUUGUUACAAUGA